AUGUCCAACCUUCGCUUCGACAAGGCAGACAACGAGCAGGGCGAGAUCGCGGCCAUCUCCGACCGUGGGGCCCUGGCGACGCUGGCUUCUCUGCUCGGGGUGGAGGAGGCCGUCCUUGAGAAGAUGCUGACUCAGAGGGUGGUGCAAACGAGGGGGGAGGUUUUCGUGAAGCAGCUGGAGGAAAACGACGCCAAGCUCACCCGCGACGCCAUAGUCAAGUCGCUCUAUGAGGCCUUGUUCCUGUGGAUCGUGCAGCUGAUCAACACGUCUUUGGGCAAGGGCGAGGAGAGCCUGCCGUUCAUCGGAGUCCUCGACAUUUUCGGUUUUGAGAACUUCGACACGAAGAACGAGUUCGAGCAGCUGCUCAUCAACUUCACCAACGAGAGCCUCCAGGACACCUUCAACAAGCAGGUGUUCAACAACGAGCUCAAGCUGUACGAGGAGGAAGGGAUCGACGUCGUGGUCUCCAGCUGCCCCGACAACACCGCUUGCCUCCUCAUGCUGUCGGAUAGGCCUAAGGGCAUCAUCCCCAGUUUGGACAACGUGUGCGCGGAGCCCAAUGCCAGCGACGCUCGCUACCUGGAAGGGCUGCACAAGACCUACGCUCGUCACAUGGACUUCCCUCGCACGCAGCCCAAAGACAUGCGUGAUUGCUUCUGGGUGAAGCACUACGCCGGCAAGGUGAAGUACACGAUCGGAGGCUGGGUGGAGCGAAAUAUGGACAGCAUCCCGCAGUCCUUCAACGACACCCUGGCGACUAGUACCCUUAAGGUGGUCCAAGAGGCGGUGGCCUCGUAUGGCCAGGUGUCUCCUGCCCCGGCGAGCAGUGGUCGCCGAGGCUCGAGCCUUAAGAAGCCGACUGUGGCCAAGAGCUUCUUGGCGUCCAUGCAGAACCUGAACGAUACUCUGCUCGGAACGACGUGCAACUUCGCGCGGUGCAUCAAGCCCAACGCCGCCAUGGAGUGUGGCGUCUACGAUAACAAGUAUGUCGUGGAGCAGCUUCAGUGCCUGGGCAUCCUGCAGACGUGCGAAGUGCUCAAGGUCGGCAUGCCCACCCGCGUCACCUACACCGAUCUUAAAGAGGUUCUGGGAAGCAACGCGGCGGAGGCGGAGAAGCUCUUCGCUGGAGAGCCGGAAACAUCUCUCAUCGCAUCCAUCCUCUGGGCGUUUGAGGUCCCGUCAGAGGCGUUCCGGCUGGGCAAGACCCGCGUCUUCUUCCGCGCCGGUCAGAUCUCCACCCUUCAGAAGAUCCUCAACGAAACGCCCGCCGAAAAGUCGCCCUGGAUCUUCGAGAGGCUGCAGGAGGCUCUGGCCAACAGGCAGAAGGCCAAGGCUUCUUCAGGGGAAGCCAAGGCGGCUCUCGAAAAGGUCGAGAAAUUCAUGGCGGAGGCCAGAGCCGCUACUAGGGGCAUGCUGGAGCCCGACUCGGACGACGAAGACGGCCCGAACGUUUCGCGACGGCCGAGCAUGAUCCGGGCUCCUGCCGCCGUCAGCGAGGAGGACCUGGCCCCCCUCGUGUUGGCGGCGAAGAAGGCUCGCGCGGCCGGCAGCACCGCCCCUCAGGUGUGGAAAGGAGAUGUGCCACCGCAGGUGCGACAACUCCUGGGUGCGGUAGACGAAGACAAGAUUGGCACUUACGCCAUCGGGGCAAAGGACCGUGUUGUUGCCGCCUCCGAGACGACGCUUGCGGACAUCGACGACGCCUCCACCAAGGCCUCCGAGUUGGAAGUGGACAUCAAGACGAUUAAGGGAGGCGACGAAGCGACCGCGCUGCGCAGGCUCGAGGACGGCCUCAACAGGCUCAAGGCCUCCUUCAAGGAGGUGAAGGCGCUGGCCCAGGGCGCCCAGGAGGCCGCCGACAAGUGCCAAGUGCAGAAGACGGAGGAGAUGGCUUCGGCCGCCACCACAAAGGCCGCGGUGUUCGACGGACAGGCGCGCGUGGUGUUGAUCGGGGCCAAGACAGCGGCGCAGGCCUCCCAGUUACAGAAGCAGUCGUUGGAGAAGGCGAAGGCCAUGGUGGGGAGCGUGGCGGCCGCGGGGGAGAAGGCGGCGGCUUCAUUCAGCGCGUUCAAGGUGCUGGUGAAGGCGGCGAACGACGAGGAAGAGGAGGCAAAGGAGGCCAAGAUGGCGGAGGAAGAGAAGGCGAAGGCCAGGGAGAAGGAAGCGGCCGCUGCCGCCGCCGCUGCCGCCGCUGCCUCCGUAGAGAAACAAAAGGAGGUCGCCGCUGCCGCCGCUGCUGCGGCAGAGACAGAAAAACAACGGGCCGCCGCCGCCGCCGCUGCCAGCGCUUCGGAGAAACUGUCGGUCAUGGACAUCACGGACAAAGACGGCGACGAGGAACAGGAUGGUCACGACGACCUCGUAUCAAAGGCCCCGCAGACCCGCGGCUUGUCGCGCAGGCGCACGGCGUCGGUUAAGGAUCUCCUCGGCUCGCAGAUGAUCAGGACCCCGGAACCCAGCCCCCCUCCCAAGCAGAGCUCGGAGAACGAUGCCACCUCUUCGAAGAUGGUUUCGACGAGGCUUGGACCCAAGUCUGCGACUGGCCGGAACCACUUCGAGACCGUGUUCCAAGAAGCAAUGGAAGGGGGCAUGAUGGAGGGCCACCUGAUGAAGCAGAAGAGGUUCACCGCACGAUGGCAGACGUACUACUUCAAGCUCGAGGACGGUUUCUUGACACACUACGACAAGAAGUCCCUCGUCGGGACACGCAAGCGCAAGGUGCCUAGGUCCUUGCUGUAG